UACAUUCCAUCUUUUCUUCAUCUCCCUCUUCCUCUUAAUAAUACCAUCUUUGAGAAAUUGGCUUCGCAUCCGGAAUUGAUGCCGUCCGUACACGCCAGAAUUGCCACCAAUCUUUUCCGUCGUGCUGCCAUAACUCCUCUGUCUCGGUCUAGCUGCCAUAGUAGCUUCUCCACACACAGCCAGAGACCAUUUCUCUCAUCCACGCGCCCCAGCUCGGCUUCCAGACCAGCUACACUGUUAACCAGGCACAGCACCGACAUCUUUGCCCGCAACAUGUCUUCCGCAGCAGCCAGGCGCCUGGAGGGCAAGACCAUCCUCAUCACGGGAGCCUCUUCCGGAAUCGGAAAGUCCACGGCCCUCGAGUUUGCUCGCACAAACCCCAACGGCAAUCUGCGGCUCAUUAUCACGGCUCGCCGAGUCGACUCGCUGGAGGAGCUGGCGGCCCAGAUCCGUAAGGAGACCAACGAUGGCGUCAAGGUGCUGCCGGUGAAGCUCGACGUGAGCAAGGCCGAUGAAAUUCGGGGCUUUGUGGGCAGCUUGCCCGAGGAAUGGAGAGAUAUCCACGUCCUGGUGAACAAUGCUGGCCUUGUCAAGGGUGUCGCCAAGGCGCCUGAAAUCGCCGAGGAUGACCUGAACAUCAUGUUCGCUACCAACGUCACCGGCCUCAUCAACUUGACGCAGGCUAUCCUGCCCAUCUUCCAGAAGCGACCAAACGGUGGCCAGGGAGACAUUAUCAACAUUGGAUCCAUCGCCGGCCGAGAACCGUAUCCUGGAGGCUCAAUCUACUGCGCCACCAAGGCCGCUGUCCGAAGCUUCACUGAAAGCUUGAGAAAGGAGCUCAUUGCUACUCGCAUCAGGGUCAUUGAGGUUGACCCUGGUCAGGUUGAAACGGAAUUCUCCAUUGUUCGCUUCUACGGUGACAAGUCCAAGGCCGAUGCCAUUUAUGCUGGUUGCGAUCCCCUCACACCUGACGACAUUGCUGAGAUUGUUGUCUUUUCUGCUACCAGACCAGAGAAUGUCGUUCUUGCUGAGUCUCUGGUUUAUCCUAACCACCAGGCAUCUGCUCUUAUUAUGCACCGCAGGCCAGCUUAGAUCUAAACGGGAACUGUACAGACAUGUAACAUAAUAAGCACAAUAAAUAAAAAUAGAGAAUUAAACCGGUA